CUCUUCUGGGGCUGCUGGUGAGGAGGAGCCAACCAGCCUCCAGCUCCAGCGGUGCCGGGGGCAGCUACAGCUGCUGAUACCGCUCUGGGUAACGGCGGCCAGGGUUGCAGACGGAGCCCUGAGCGGGAAGCUAGCCAGGCUGCUUGGCAGCUCGGUCUUUUCCUCGCUGGAGUAAUUGCGGCUCUUGCCCUCCAUUGUCUCCGUCUGUUUCCAACAGGUUCGUACCGAGGAGCUGCCGGCUUCCCCGCGCGUUGCCUUUCGCUUGGCGCCAUUCCGGGCGGAUUCCCGACACAGCUUGCUGGCUUCGGGCUGCUGUUUGCUGCGCCCUCGAGGAGGAGGAGAAGAGGAGGAGGAGGAUGGCUCCGGCGAGUCCCCCCGGUCCCCUGACCAGCUGGAGCCCGGCUUUCUGCUGAGCCCAAGAGCAGCCGGCUGGUGGCUUUCGAGGUCGAUUUUCCGCCCAUCCCGUUGUUGAGGAUUAUGGAUUGAUCGCCCGUCUCUUCUUGCGCUAUGGAGCCCCGGGUCUGCUUAAGCGCCUUGUGCUUGCUUUUCAGCCUGGCUUCAGUUCUAGGGUUUGGCGUGGACCCGUCGGUGCAGAUCGACGUGCUGACCGAGUUACAACUGGGAGAUUCUGUGGCUGGCGUGUUGCAAGUGCAGGGACUGCACAACGGGAGCAAAGCUUUCUUCUUCCAAGGUACUUCAAGAAGUGUGAAAGCAUCUCCUGAGAAAGCUGAACUGUUUUUUCAGAAGCUAAGAAAUAAACAUGAAUUCACAGUUUUGGUGACACUCAAACAAUCUCGUUUAAAUUCAGGAGUUAUCUUUUCUGUUCACCACUUUGAUCACAGGUACUUGGAACUAGAAAGCAGCGGUCAUAGAAAUGAAAUCAGAUUGCACUAUCGGUCAGGAAGCCAUCGGUCACACACGGAAGUGUUCCCUUACAUUUUGGCAGAUGACAGAUGGCACAAGCUGUCCUUAGCAAUCAGUGCAUCACACUUGAUUUUGCAUGUGGACUGCAAUAAAAUUUAUGAGAGGGUAGUGGAAAAACCAUAUUUGGAAUUGCCAGUUGGCACAGCAUUUUGGCUGGGACAAAGGAACAGUGCACAUGGUUACUUUAAGGGCAUAAUGCAAGAUGUGCAAUUACUUGUCAUGCCUCAAGGAUUUAUUUCCCAGUGUCCAGAUCUUAAUCGCACAUGCCCAACCUGUAAUGAUUUCCACGGGCUUGUGCAGAAAAUAAUGGAGCUGCAAGAUAUUUUAGCCAAGACCUCUGCCAAGCUGUCACGAGCUGAGCAGAGGAUGAAUAGAUUGGAUCAGUGCUAUUGUGAAAGAACCUGCACUAUGAAGGGCGUCACUUACAGAGAAUUUGAAACUUGGACAGAUGGCUGUAAGAACUGCACAUGCAUGAAUGGUUCUAUCCAGUGUGAAGCACUGAUUUGCCCACUUACUGAUUGCCCACUUAAUUCUGCUCCUGCAUAUGUUGAUGGCAAGUGCUGUAAGGAAUGCCAAGCAACAUGUGUAUUUGAAAGCAAAACCUACUUUGAAGGUGAAAAAGAAACUGUACAUUCAAACUCAGGGGAUUGUAUUCUAUUUGAAUGCAAGGACCACAAAAUGCAACGUGUAAUGAAGUCGGAUUGCCCUAUCUUGAACUGUCUUGAAUCUCAGCAGAUCUCUUUAUCUAAUAGUUGCUGCAAAAUUUGUAAAGGCCACAACUUUUGCUCUGAAGGACACAAGUGCCUUGAGAAUUCAUUCUGCAGGAACCUCAAUGAUAGGGCUGUCUGUAGCUGCCGAGAUGGUUUCCGAGCCCUUCGAGAGGACAAUGCAUACUGUGAAGAUAUUGAUGAGUGCGCUGAAGGAAGGCAUUAUUGUCGAGAGAAUACCAUGUGUGUAAACACGCCAGGAUCAUUCAUGUGCAUCUGCAAAACAGGUUACAUCAGGAUUGAUGACUACUCAUGUACAGAGCAUGACGAAUGCCUCACAAAUCAACACAACUGUGAUGAAAAUGCAGUGUGUUUCAACACAGUGGGGGGACAUAACUGUGUUUGCAAACCAGGUUUUACUGGAAAUGGCACUGUGUGCAAAGCAUUCUGCAAAGAUGGUUGUAGAAAUGGGGGAGCCUGUAUUGCUUCAAAUGUCUGUGCCUGUCCACAGGGGUUUACUGGCCCAAGCUGUGAAUCUGAUAUUGAUGAGUGUUUGGAUGGCUUUGUUCAGUGCGACAGCCGUGCCACCUGUAUUAACUUGCCUGGCUGGUACCAUUGUGAGUGCAGAGAUGGCUACCAUGAUAAUGGCAUGUUUUCACCUAGUGGAGAAUCCUGUGAAGACAUUGAUGAAUGUUCAACUGGAAGACACAGCUGUGCCAAUGACACAAUUUGCUUUAACUUGGAUGGUGGUUAUGAUUGCCGGUGUCCCCAUGGGAAGAAUUGCACAGGAGACUGCAUUCAUGAAGGCAAGAUCAAACACAAUGGGCAGAUCUGGGUUUUAGAGAAUGACCGGUGUUCUGUCUGCUCUUGCCAGAGUGGCUACGUCAUGUGCCGGCGGAUGGUCUGCGAUUGUGAGAAUCCCACUGUUGAUCUGUUCUGCUGUCCUGAAUGUGAUCCAAGACUCAGCAGUCAAUGUCUGCAUCAAAAUGGGGAGAUUUUAUACAACAGUGGAGACACUUGGGUUCAAAAUUGUCAACAGUGUCGAUGUUUGCAGGGUGAAGUAGACUGUUGGCCCUUUCCUUGUCCAGAGACAGAGUGUGAAUUCAGCGUAUUCCCUGAGAAUGAAUGCUGCCCCCAUUGCGUCACUGACCCCUGUCAAGCAGACACCAUUAGGAAUGAUAUUACCAAGACUUGUCUGGAUGAAACUAAUGUGGUUCGCUUCACUGGAUCAUCUUGGAUUAAGCACGGCACAGAAUGCACCCUCUGCCAAUGCAAGAAUGGGCAUGUUUGUUGUUCAGUGGAUCCACAGUGCCUCCAGGAACUGUGAAGCUAAUGACCACACAUCACAGAAAAUUUCUGGUUUAAGAAUUUUAAAUUUAAUUUUAAAAAAGACUCAUAAACCAAAAAAUGUAAACAACCAAAACUGAAGCAAGCUUGGUUUUGUCCAGUUAAAGUGCAAAAAGGCUAUAAAGUGGAUGAACUGUUUGUUUCCUCAGUCUGAAUAAAACAUGUAAGGCAUGUGGGAACAAAUUCAAAUGUGUAAAAUCUGUAUUAGGAUGUAAGGUUCAGCCUCUGGUUUAUUUUUUGUUUGACACCAUUAUGUAAGAUAUUGGAGUUGAGAAAAUUGACAUGUUGUGCAUAAAGAUAUCAAAAUCCUCAAGCAGUCAGACAGUUCCUGGAGAUUUGAAAAUGUACCUCAUCCAUGACCACAGAAGGCUUUUUUUACAGACCUAGCCUACACAAAUUUGUUUAAUUGCUCACUGCAAAUUUGUCUGCAAUCUGAAAAGAGAGGAAGAUAAUGCAGGAAAUACAGAACCUUGCAACAACAUAUGUACAGCUCUGAGAAACUGAUUGAAGUUAUGUAAAAAAAAUAAUGCACAGGCAUGAUUACUUAAUGUUUUCUGGUGGGAAAAGUCAUCUAUAUUUCCUCGUUUGAUUGCACUUAUUUCUUGAAUUGAAUUUGUUCAGUAUAAGCUUGUUCUUGUGCAAAAUUUAAAUAAAUAUUUCUCUUACCUUA